AUGGCUAACAUUCAGCAAAUGUUCCACUGUUUCAUCGUCGGUGAAGACAACAGAAACUUCCUAGGUUCUGAUGAUGACGGACUCAAAUCUCUGCCUACGGAAGAAGUUAUUGACCUUCUCACUAGAACUCAGAACAUGCUUGCUACUGCCAAACUCAGGCUUCACAAAAUCAUCUCCAACAGCAACAAGCUAAUGAGAGCCUUUACCUAUGAUGACUAUGCGCUAUCAUUACUGUUUUUCCUUCCAUUCGAUGGUCGUGUAUUCAGACUCUUAUACUGGUGGAUUGGUACGAUGUGGUAUCGUAUUACAACCUCUGCUUCUCUCCUUGAUGUAUUUAUUUUAACCCGGCCUUAUAGUUUUCUAAAGAAAGCACUUUUGAUCCUACUCCUUCUUCUGAUUUUGGCUCCGAUGGCUAUUGGGUUAUGGCAUUACCCAUUUGGACUCCAUGGUUUCUUAUCUGUUCCAAUGGCUGCAUUUUCUGGCUCACAAAAAACUGUGAAAGACAGUGUCUUAAGAGAACACAGUCCAGGACCCCAAAUACAGCCUCUAAAAUUCCAGGCUGAUUUAAUGUCCCGCAUGGAGUUUCUAGAGAAGAGGUUUCAGGGCCUAGAGGAUGAGCAAAAAUUGUUAAGAAGUAUGGAACCUGCCCCCACAACAGACACAGGCAUGAGUCGAAAAGAGGUUCUUCAGAUCUUCAAAGACUUGUCCAGCAACAAAGAUUCAGCCUUAAGAGAACAGAUUCUGCAGGAAAGCACAGAGACGACAAAGAGUGCACUGAUAGGACUGAGACAGGAGCAACAUGAUCAUCUCCAGGGCAUUCUUCAAAAAAUUCAUCAGAUAUCCAAGGAUGCAGAAGACCAGAUUUUGCAGCUAAGGGCAGAGGUUAAAAGUCCUCAGGACAGUUUAAGGGAGAAUUUCCUGCAAAAUUUAGGAAAAUUGGAAACAAAACUCCUACAUCUGCAGCAAGAGUUGGUAUCUGUUAGAAAGACCCAGGGUGACGUUUCUCAGCAAAUGGCAGCCAUUCCUGGCCAGAUAAAAGGAGUCAGAGAUGAGGUUCAAGCUCUCUUUCCAACAUGGCUCCUGAGUAACUUGGAGAAAGAGAACACUGGUUUUAGUUCACUCUCAGAUAUCUUCCUCCGCCGGGAUGAGCUGCAGAAACCUUUAAUGGAACUGGAAAAGAAAAUCCUUGCUGUUGUGGCUGCAGACAAGAAGCUACAGGGAUCCCAUGCUCAGAUAACCAUAGAGCGGGAAAUACAGUCAAGUGGACUGUCUGGAUUAUCCCGGGAGGAGGUGUACGAAAUUGUAAAUCGUGCCCUACAGAGAUAUAGUGAGGACCGAAUUGGAUUGGUGGAUUAUGCUCUGGAAUCGUCAGGAGCCAGUGUUCUAAACACUAGAUGCUCUGAGACCUAUGAAACCAAAACUGCCCUGCUCAGUCUGUUUGGGGUUCCACUAUGGUACCAAUCACAGUCCCCACGAGUCAUCCUUCAGCCAGAUUCAAACCCAGGUAACUGCUGGGCUUUCAGAGGAUCCCAAGGGUAUGCUGUAGUUCGCUUGUCUAGUCACAUCCAACCAACAGCUGUCACUCUAGAUCACAUCCCUCGUUCUUUGUCACCAAAGUCAACAAUUUCAAGUGCUCCAAAGGACUUUGCUGUAUAUGGUUUGGAAGAAGAAACACAGAAAGAAGGUAUUCUUCUUGGAAACUUCACCUACAGGCAAGAUGGAAAUCCUAUUCAGACUUUUUCUAUAAAGGGUGAAAACAUUUCCACUUAUGAGCUAGUGGAACUGAGAAUACAGAGCAACUGGGGCCAUCCCGAAUAUACCUGUGUCUACCGAUUCCGCGUCCAUGGAGAAGCAAAAGUGUAGCAAAAUGUUGGUGAUAAUGGAUGUUAAAUGGCCCGGGAAAGGCCUUAGAAGAAUAGUAUUGUCUUGCUGAGCAGCGUUUGCUCUGUACUGCCAGCAUGACUGGAUGCAGUAUAUAAAAAAAUGACUGCCUCACUGCUGCAUUGUCUAAACUGAUUUCCCAGGAAUACUGCUAGGUAAUACCCCAGAAAGGCUGUUGAACAGCUUUUGUGCAACCUUCAUAAAGAAGAGACUACAGUGGUCUAUAUAAUUAAUUUGAUAAGCAUCUGUGUGAGAAACGGAAUGUGUACAGUUUCUUUAAACCUUUUUAUAUUCAUAGUAU